AUAAUGAAGCUGGAAUUGAUAUCGCAAUUCCUAUUCCUAUUCCAACCACACAAUUUAAUGAAUAUCAGACUUCACAAAGCACUUCUUCUCUUCCUUAAGCACCGACGAUGACUGAAGCAAAGGACGAUCAGCCUCAACUUGCUCCAACACCAUCGUCGACUCACAUUCUGAAACUGAAAGAUAAUGAUGUCUCAAUUUCUAUGCCGACAACCUCUCAUAUGGAGGAUGUCCAUGAUCAACAUCACGCUGCAAAAGAAAUAUUAUCGCCGAAUAUUGAAGCUGGAAAACACACCGCAAAGAUAUCGGAAGAAGAAGAAGACGACGACGACGCAGAAGAAGAGAAUCCUGACCACCAAUCAAUGUAUAGAGCUGCAACAAAAGGCAACUGGGAAGAAGCUAAAAUUCUUCUGAACAAAGAUGAGAAGUUAGGUUGGAUAGAGAUAACGGAACAAAGCGACAGAGCCAUUCAUUUAGCUGUUUCAGGGAAACACAGAGAGUUCGUCCGCCAACUCAUCGAAAUGGUGGGAUGGGAGAUGUUAGAGCUGUACGAUGGCAAAGGCUACACACCGUGUUGCUAUGCCAUAAUGGCUGGUGACCUUGAACUCGUUCGUAUAAUGAUGGAGGCCAACCCAUUCAUCGCCAAUCUAUCAAACUUCUAUGGGACGACGCCCUUUGCACUCGCCAUCUCCUUUGGAAAAACAGAAAUAGUUCAGUAUUAUCUGACUACUGUCACUGAGAUCAAAGGUUUAUCCAGAGAGCAAUGGUUUAAUAUCUUGCUCGUCGCUAUAAGCAGCAAAAUGUUUGAUGUUGCUUUGAUAAUAUUGGAAAUGAGAUCUAGUCUUGCGUUAAUGAAGGGUGUCGAUAAUCGAACAGCUCUACACGUUCUGUCUCAAAUGGAUAUCUCAUCAGGAGAUGGUAAGAAGAGGAAGGCUCUUCGUUGCUUGUCCGAGAAGCUGUGGACUAAUAUUCAAGAUUUGGGAAGGAAUGGGGUGUUGCAGUUGAUGAAAAGUCCUCCGUUAAUUCUACACGAGGCAGCAAAAGUAGGCAACCUGGAUCUUAUAAAGAUGAUCACAACUGACUACCCUGAUCUCUUAGCACACACGGAUGACAAGCACGGAUACUCCAUCUUUCACAUCAUUGUUAUCCAUCGAAAAGAGAAUAUCCUCCAACUCCUCGAGAAGGCAAGGUUCGUUAAAGACUUCAACGCUGUCUUGCAAGACAAAGAUGGCAACAACCUCUUGCAUUCAGCUGCGAAAUCAGCAUCCAAGCGUCUAAAGGGGCUGGAGGUUGUUGGCGAGCACGAUGUUCAUAUGCAAAAUGCGAUCGCCUGGUUUGAGAAAUUGAAGAACACUGUCCCACCUUAUUAUCAGGAGAUGAGAAACAAAAAGGGGUAUACGCCCGAAGAGCUAUUCUGGAAGGAGCAUGAGGAAAUGUUGGCAACAAGCGAAGAAUACACGAAGAAAACUGCAGAAUCAUGCAUGCUUAUCUCAACACUUGUUCUGACAUUGGUGUUUGCGGCUGCCUUUGCUCCCCCUGGAGGGUUCGACCAAGUGACGGGGAUACCUUUGCUAUUGAAGAACAAAUGGUUCUCAGUUUUCAUCUUAUUCCAAGUCUUGGCAUUGUCUAGCUCAACCUUGAGCAUCUUAGGUUUUUGGUCCAUCAUUUCGUCCAACUUCCCAGAACACCAAUUCUUCAUGUUGCCGCGUCUCCUGAGGAUAUCAAUGUGUGCUCUCUUACUGUCCAUCUUAUUCGUCAUCUCUGCUUUCUUGUCUGCCUUCUUUUUGAUCUUUGUUCAGCACAGAAAAGCGCUCGUCUUGGCAUUUAUGCUUCCUCUUUACUUGUUGCUCCUUCUUGGAAUUUCGUACCAGUUUAUAAAGGUAACACUCAAGACCAGCCGUCUAGAGUAUUAUCGCCUGACUAGAGCGAGCUCAGGUAAGUACGAGAGUUUGAGUAGUCGUGUACACACUUUUGGAGCCUCCAAAUUUUCUGUAUUUUCUUCUUAUUUUCGUUAGUCGAAUGUAUGUAUAGAUGCCUAACUAAUUUUGAACCUUCAUUUAUAGAUUAUUCACUAACUGCUUCA